AUGGUGGAACAAUACAUAGAGAUCAUCCACUUAUAUGUUGUCUUGAAAUUCGGCGAUGAAGAGAUCAACACCUCUCAGCACUUAUUCUGCUGUACUAAUACUUAUUGUGCAGAGAAUGAAAAUCUGUUGUCUUGGAUUUCUCCUUUCACUUAUUGCUUCAUAGAGGGAGGACCCAUAUACAUAUUCUUUAAGUAUCUAAAUUGUGGAGUUUCUGAUGUUUGCAAUUGCAUGUUGAUUCAAUGUGCCAGGGUGAGUGUCAACUUUGGGAAAGAACCAUUUGUUUUCGAUCUUAAGGCAUAUGAAGAGCAGGAAAGAGCAAAGCAACAGAUGAUGAUUGAAAAAAUAUCUGUGCCACAGAAUGCCAGCUAUGGGUAA